CAAAAACUCAUUAGGACCGGGUCAACUGUUGGUCAUGUUAUGGUCAGAAAAAUCGAGAAAGAUAUUAUAUAUAGAAAAUGAGAGAGUAUUUGUGUGUAAUCCUGUAAUGUGUGAGACUGCUACCCUUAUCAAUCCAUGCCAUAUUCAUACUCUGCCGAGAGAAGAACUCCUCAGUUUAAAUUUGCUUCUCAUGGGAUCUGGUGGUGACGAGCUAAUACAAGGAUUUAGUGAACAUUUUGUGAAUUAUUGAGCCCCACUUGCGGUUUCUGCACUGCUUCUUGCCACUCGUGUGGAGCUCAUCCAAUCCAGCUUGAAUCUUUCCCUAAUCAACAUUGUGAUUUGAAAGAAGAAAAAAAAAAACGUUCAUUUGCCUUCGGGAUGUGCAUCGACAAAAGAUGAAUAAUAAAAAAUUCUUCUACAAUAACUACAACAUCUUGCACUGUCUCUCCAACUUCUCCACCUAAUUGUGCACCGUAUAAGCCAUAAAGCACAACUGGGAAUUUUUUUUGGGUGCCUUUAGACAAAGCGCCAGGGACAGCUAAAAUUGAUAGAGAAGCUUCAGAGACUUUCCCAAUAUUAUCAAUUGAGCUGCGAAUUUUUGUGUGGGGUAGAUGAACUUUGGUGAUUUUUAGUCAAAACAUUCGAACAGUGAGAAAUAUUAUACGAAAAAAACGUGACAAAACGGAAUUAAGUAGCAAAACUCAGAGAGAUAAUUGGUUUGCCAUUUUUGUCUUGCUGUAUACGCAGAGAAAAAGCCACAAAGAAUUAAUAAAUGAACGCGCACACAUAAAUCAAAAAGAAAGUGAUAUAUAAAUAAUUAAUCAACAUUGUAUAAAAUAAUUAAGAAAGAUAGCUUCCUAAAAAUUGUGAUAAUUCCCUAUUUAAUACAAUUUUCAUUCGAAUUGAAAAAUCAAAAAAAGAUAUCUGUGGUGACGAGAAGUCGGAUUCAACUGACGACUAUUCUUAUCACUCGCUUAACAGUUUUAAUUGGAUUUCGGUAGAAUAUUUUAGCCGCGUAGUACGUGUACAUCACUGUAAAGAGACAGUUUGCAAUAAUUAAGGAUCAAGUGUUGUGUCUCUUGGAGAGGAGAAAGAAAAAAAUAACAAAUAAGUGCUGAAAGAAGUAGAAUUAUUUGAGUUACAAUGUUCCCGAAAUUUUCAAGAAGGCAAUGGCUAACACUCAUUAUCAUCGGAUUGGCAGACUUUUGUAAUGCAAUCUGCGUGAGUCUGCAGUCGCCAUUUUUCCCAAAGGAGGCAGAAGCUAAGGGUUGCUCCGCAACGGAAUAUGGACUGGUAUUUGGCAUCUUUGAACUUGUGGUAUUCUUCAUAUCGCCCUUCUAUGGGCGCUACAUCAACAAACUCGGACCGAAAAUGCUCUUCAACGGAGGCAUUUUCACAUCAGGAACAACGGCAAUACUCUUUGGUCUGCUGGACCAAGUGCCUGGACACAUGCCCUUCAUCUCAUUGGCAUUCAUCAUCAGGAUAAUUGAGGCACUUGGAAAUGCGGCAUUCCUUACGGCAUCUUUUGCCAUUAUUGCCAAGGAAUUUCCCGACAAUGUUGCUACUACCUUUGCGUCUCUGGAAACAUUCUUCGGUCUGGGACUAAUUGUAGGACCCACCCUUGGUGGUGCCCUAUACGCUGUGGACGGUUACUACCUGCCUUUCGUGACACUCGGAUCGGCUCUCUUUAUCGUGGGGAUUCUUACAAUAAUUAUACUGCCCCAUCAUUCACAAGAUACUGGAGUCACCGCCGAAAAGGCGUCCAUUUUCCGAGUACUCCGUAUACCGGGUGUCCUAGUUUGUACCCUGGGAAUUUGUGCAACUAGCUCAUCGAUUGGCUUCCUCACAGCAGUCUUAGAACCCCAUGUUCGACAAUUUGAUCUUGGUCCAGUACUGCUUGGCCUUGUUUUUGUCAUAAAUGGUGGCAUUUAUGCCCUCACAGCACCCAUUUGGGGUUGGAUUGUCGAUAAGUUCCUCAACCCGAAGAUUGCCUCAUUCGUCGGAUGUAUCCUCAUUGCUGCAGCUUUCUGCCUGAUAGGACCAGCCAGUUUCAUUCCUCUGGAUGAAACGCUCCGUGUCAUCAUUACUGGAUUAAUUUUGCAUGGUUUCGGCAUUGCUGCAAUCCUUGUUGCCAGUUUUACAGAUGCACUUAGGACAUCUAUUGCCCGAGGACUACCAGAUAAUAUUCAGACCUAUGGCCUCAUAUCUGGACUCUGGACAUCUACUUUUGCACUAGGCGCCUUUAUUGGACCCUCUGUCAGCGGAUUCCUGUAUGAUCAUGUGGGAUUCAGAAAUGCAGUAAUAUUUAUUAUAGGAGUCCACUCGCUGGUCGGCCUGAUCUUACUGACCUUUAUCUGCUCCAAGAGUUCAAACAACAACUACAAAGAGCUCGACGCCACGGAGCCUUUACUUAAAGACAGCAACGGUGGCACAAAUUACACAAAUGGUCAGACAGACGAGAAUACAGGCAGCACCCCUAUUAAGAGCCAUAGAAAUGGUCAUGUGCUGAUUAGCAGCAGUAUUGGUUCAGAGCAGCAAGUUCCCUGUGCCAUGAAUAAUCUAUUGAGAUGUAAUAGUUACAACAGCAUCAGCAAACAGAGUCAAUGGUCAAGAUCUCUCCCAGUUCAUGUUCGUGAGUCUUGUCUAGAUGCACAAACACGACUUUAGAUAAUCAGGAAAAAGCCCAAAAUGUGCUAAGUCACUUUAAGAUUUAGUUCUUUCUCUGUAAGGGGCAUAAAUUGUGAGUAAUUUAAAUUGUUAUCAUUUGGGCUUACUUAACUGCUUAAAGGCAUCAUCGUCAUGUCAUAUAAUUUUCAUAAUGCUGAAAACUCAUUACCUAAAGAAAUUUUUUAAAUAACUGCAAAUUAGUUUAAAUCAUUUUUUUAAGAGUCGUAAUGAAUGAAUGAAUUAAUGAAUUUAUGAUUAUUCAAUUUAUCAAUGAAAAUUGCUUCUUCACACGCUUAAAACAACAUAAUAAUUAAAAUUAGACAAGCACAGCGAGUAUUGUAUACAUACAAUGAUGAUAAAUUUUCUGUGAGUUAAAAAUGUCAUUGCUCCAUGUUUAGUCUCUGUUUAUUUCUUCCAUCCCUGCAUUAAAUCAUCAUUAACGUCAUUAUAUAUUGAGAUAUAUUCAAAAUAUUUAUUAACGCGUUUCAUA